AUGCUGACCCACUGCACGUCACGCGUUCAGUUCUACCACGAGUGUGGCCACGUGGAAGAGCUUUCCACCGCCCAUCGAAGACAAUGCAAGGCAUACCUUUCCCAAUUAUAUCCUACGCACAUUCCAUCUCCCGAUAUCUAUUGGGAGCCCCCCUUGUUGGCUCGACAGAAUGGGUCGACUUGCAAGAGAAGAACCACGACAGUCUACUAUGACGGCACCAAUUUAUGCAAACACUGCAAGGAAAGCCCAGAAGCAGCGUCCACAGCACCAUUGCCCGAAUCUGUUCUUCAAGAGAGCAGACUGCUGUGGCGGAGACUUCAUCUGGAGUCUAUGCAGGCUAGGGAUGAAACUGUUAUAGCUUUCACGGGACUCAAGAAAGAAAGAGAGGCGCGUGGAAGGGCGCGGGAGUGGGAUAUGACACCAGAGGAGAGACGAGAAGAAUGGCUCAAGGAUUUUGCAGCCUACAGGGCCAAAGAAGAACGAAAAGGAACGCCGAUGAGUGAGCGCUUGUUUGUGAAAGAACUCCCUGACCAUCUCUGGGGUAUCGAUUGGAACAAGUCUUACGUUGACUGGGAUAGCACAGGAAUCUUCCGUCUCGUCAAUGCCGACGAGGUUGCGAAGAACGGUAUGUGUGGAGUGUGUGAGGAGCCUCUCAAUGUGGAGUCCGCUCGAAAACUUCCCUGUGGUCAUGCCUUCCACAAGGACUGCUGUGUCCCAUUUCUCGAGGACGAUUAUGAUGGCUGUGAUUCUCAUUGUCCGGACAAAGAAGACGGGUGCAAGGGCGAGUGGACAGUCAAAACAAUGCCCUCCUUCCACUGGGAUUCUGUUUACCCAAAACACAAAGCCCACUUGGGCACCGCUGCUUGGGACAAUGCUGGGCUUGACCGUUUUAGACGCUUCAAGACAUGGAUUCGAUGCAUGUCUGAAAGUUAG